UUAUUUAGUGAACACCCCAGCGCUUGUUGUGGUUCCAACGUGGGUUUAUAACCGGGAAGAUUUUCUGUAGAAAUCAUUCUUCAUAUGUGUAGAAAGAUCGCCUGACCACUGUAAAAAAUGCAGGUGUCCAGUGUAAAUAAUAUAAAGAUAUAUAAUUUGAGCCAUGGAAAGUCUCUGCCAGAGUGGUUGUCAGACAGAAAGAAGAGAGCUUUACAGAAGAAAGAUGUUGAUAUUCAGAGAAGGAUUGAACUCAUUCAGGAUUUUGAGAUGCCCACUGUGUGCACCUCUCUCAAAGUGUCACGUGACGGACAGUAUAUUUUAGCUGCAGGCACAUACAAACCCAGGAUCCGGUGCUAUGACACGUAUCAGCUGUCUCUGAAGUUUGAAAGGUGUCUGGAUUCUGAUGUGGUGGCCUUUGAAAUCUUGUCUGAUGACUACUCCAAGCUGGUGUUUCUGCAUAUUGAUCGUUACGUGGAGUUUCAUUCCCAGCACGGUCACUACUACAAGACGCGCAUCCCCAAGUUCGGCCGAGAUUUCUCCUACCACUACCCAUCCUGUGAUUUGUACUUUGUAGGAGCCAGUUCAGAGAUCAUCCGCCUGAACCUCGAACAGGGCCGAUUCCUCAACUCUCUGCAGACAGACGCAAUGGAGAACAAUGUAUGUGACAUCAACCCUGUUCAUCAUUUAUUUGCUGCUGGGACUUUAGAGGGGAAAGUGGAAUGCUGGGACCCACGUGUGCGCAGUCGUGUGGGCAUCCUGGACUGCGCUCUCAGCAGUGUGACAGAGGGAAAUGAAGUAGAGAGCCUGCCAUCUGUCAGUGCACUCAAGUUUAAUGGCUCCCUGGGUGUGGCUGUGGGCAUGACUACAGGACAGGUUUUGUUGUACGACCUACGUUCCUCUCGUCCCCUGCUCGUGAAAGACCAUUAUUACGGCCUGCCCAUCCGCUCCCUCCAUUUCCAUAAACAGAUGGAUCUGGUGAUUUCCGCAGACUCGAAGAUCAUCAAGAUGUGGCACAGAGACAAUGGUAAGGUGUUUUCUUCCAUCGAGCCACCGGCCAACAUCAACGAUGUGUGUAUUUACCCCGAAUCAGGUAUGCUCUUCACUGCUAAUGAAGACCCCAAAAUGAAUACUUUCUACAUUCCAGCCCUGGGUCCUGCACCUCGUUGGUGCUCCUUCCUUGAUAACCUGACUGAGGAACUGGAGGAGAACCCAGAGAGUACUGUCUACGACGACUACAAGUUUGUUACACGCAAAGACCUGGACAACCUUGGUCUGACACACCUGAUUGGCUCACCUCUGCUGAGGGCCUACAUGCAUGGCUUCUUCAUGGACAUCAGACUCUACCACAAGGUUAAAACUAUGGCAAAUCCAUUUGCCUAUGAGGAAUAUCGCAAGGACAAGAUACGGCAGAAAAUUGAAGAGUCCAGAGUCCAGAGAGUACAGCUAAAGAAUCUGCCAAAGGUGAACAAAGAGCUUGCAAUGAAGCUGAUGGAGGAGGGUAAAGAGUCACGAAAAGCCAAGAAGAAAGCCAAGGGCACCACAAGCAUCCUGACUGAUGACCGUUUCAAAAUGAUGUUCGAGAAUCCAGACUACCAAGUAGACGAGCAGAGCGAGGAGUUCCGCUUGCUUAAUCCCAUCGUGUCCAAAGUGGGCCAGAGGAGGAGGGAGAAGCUACAGCAAUUAGUUGAGCAAGAGGCAAAUGAAAAGUCGGAUGAUGAGGAAGAGGAGCUGGAGGGACGGCCCAGCUCCGAGGAAGAGGAGAGCUCAGACGACGAUAAGAGCUGGGUGGAGGAGGUGAGGGAGCAGCGGCGUCUCUUACGAGUAGAGCAGAGAGAGCGCCAGUUUAAAGAGAGAAAGGAACAGGACCGCAACACCAGCCUGCAGAGUUCAGAUCCAGUCAGAAAGUCUCAACAGAGCCAGGCUCAAGGCCAGAGCCAGCCACGCUUCUACCAGAUCAAAGCCGGAGAGGAGUUCCGCAGCUUCGGGGACGUGGCACGCAAACAGAAGAUGCAAAAAACCUCGCUUGAGGAGCGUCUGAAGCUGGAGGAGAGCUCAGGGAUGCUGAACGUUGCUGACACUGCAGUCGGAAGCAAGCAGCUGACCUUCACUCUUAAAAAGACUGAGAAACAGCAGAGUCAACAGCGGGCCGAAUGGGAGCACCAUGAGGAGAGGAGGAAGAUCAGGAGGGCUGCUGGUCACCUUCACACUCGAGGACGAGGCAGAGGAAGAGGCAGAGGAAGAGGCAGGGGACGAUUCUGAACGCUGCCUCCAACCUCCCGCUAUAGUCACUUGUAUGCAUUCAGGCUUUACACGCUGCCUCAAAAUAACUUUGUCCUACUGCUACAAGGACAGGCAAGUGUACUGUAAACUCUGCUUUUAAUGUGGGUUUCAUGGAAUGCAAAAGAAAGACCAUAUGGUCAGUGAGAGAAGCUGGGGAUAAUUCUUUUUAAUGUUUGGGUGUGUGUACAUAUCUGGACGUAUGUGUGUGUGUGUGUGUGUAUUUCUCUGUGCUACACUCCCCUAUUGUGUCGCACGGUGUCUGAAGCAGCAGGACAUUGUUAAAGAAACCUUUCAUCUACAGCUGAGUGUGUGUAUUUGCUGUUUUAUUUUAUUUUUUAUUUAAUCUGUAUUCUGAUCUCAAUGCACCAGGUCCUAAAACUUUGUAUCGAAAUUAAUUUUAGAAACGUCUUCCACUUUUUUUUCUCUCUAAUUAUUUCUUUAAAAUUUCCCUUUUGAGAAUUAGUUUGACAUUGUCUCAAGCCUGCUCAGGAUUAGCUGCUUUAUGAAAGCUGCUACUUUGUUGUCAGCUAUUACUACAUUAAGCAACCUUUUCAAGAUGAACAACUGUAACAGGACACUUGUUUACCUACUCACUGCUGUAUUCUGUUCAACAAUAGCCUAUGAUUAAAAGUGUCAAGCUUUAGAAAUACUACAAUGAAUGUGAGGCAUGAAGCUACCAGGCAAGCCCAUAAUGUGAAGUAAAGUACAUUACAGGAUGGUUAACUGUUGCAGUUUGAACUGUGUUCCAAGUUGGUUUUCAAGAUGAAUCAGUAUUAAAACACUUGAUCAGCAUAACAUGCGUAUAAUAAGCAUAUUUCUACAUAUUUCUAACUGCAAGUUAAGACACACAAAAAAGUAAAUACAAUUACAAAAUCCAUAAAAACCUGGAAGCUCUGAAUCCAGUUAAUAUCUGAUCCUCCUCACCUGUAGCAGAGGUGAAGAGAUGAAGUUUGUGUGUAGUGUAUACACCAGUCUAUAGUGAAAUAUAAAGAUUAUGAAUUGAAAUAUAGGCCUUCUGAUGUCGAAACGCAAUCAGUGAUUCAGCAAUUACUUCCUGUGUGUGUGUGUACAUGGAAAGAAACUGCAAAAUUUGGUUGGUUUCAGUUGUAUUUACAUUACUUUUACAACGCAGAUAUACGACACAUUUGCGCUGAGUUAUGGCAGAGACUCGGCUUGGCUAGUUAGAGAUCUAUGAUGUGAAAAGCAUAAUGGUGUUGAUGGUGGUAUUUGCAUGAAUGUGGAAGCUUUGAAAGCUGAUCUGUUUGAGAAGAUUGUACAGAUGAGGAAGUGAGAGAGCUGGACAGACUUGAGGAUUAAACCACUGCUGCAUCACUCUCUUUAGGUAGAGACUGGCACCAUUAUCGGCAAGUGGUCGAAUGGCAGUAUGGGUAAGCCGAGAGAAAAGAAACUAACUUGUUCAUGAUUUAAGUCAACUCCUAAAAACUUUUCCACAAUUCAAGAUCACAUAUUGAUUCAUGGGUGAUUUUUCCAUUAAGAAUGGAUUUCUUCAACGUUUCUCCAAAAAAAAACAACAUUUAAACCCUAGCCUACUUCUCUCUGCAUAUGCAUAUCAACUCACAAAAGCACAGUUGUUUGGAAAAGGUCACCAUGGUCCUCUCAGGCAUGCUUUGGGAUAAGUCACAAGCUGGGUAUGAUGGUAGGGAGACAGAAGAAAAUAGGUCACUGUUUCAUAGGCAAAUAUACUGGGCACAUUUUGAAAGACAGCUUUCCAAAAAAAAUAAAAAAUCUACCAAAGCUGAGGUUACAUUCUAACGAUUAUAACUAGUAGUGAAUUCACUGUGACUACAGAGUUUAAAAGGUAAUCUUUUAGUUAGAAUGCAAUAUGUAGUUGAAUUGGCUUUGGUUGCUAAUGACCAGUUCAGCUUGUGCAACUGACUAAGCACGCCAGUGCACAUUUUUGUGGUUUUCCACUCUAAAGCACUUAACUCAGCUCAUGAAGGGUCUGAUUACCUGAUUUAUUAUAAGAUGCCAAAUUCUUUAAUUUCCUGUGUGUGCAGCUUCAUUAUUUGCUCUGGUUGGUAUUUGGUUCAGGGGCUUGGCUAUAGAGAAGAAGUGAGGCAUCUAGGCAUUUAAAAAAAAAAAAAAUUUAGCCUUGCCUGCAUUUCUGUAGGUCCUGAGCACAAGACAAAAGGGCUCUGCUUUCACAGAGUAAUCCAUCCUGACACUCACUUCAACACAGCCAUAAAACGCACCCUUCCCACUCACUGCCUUGUCUGGGAGUGUGUGAGGUCCAUUCAGGGAUUUCAGAGCUGGGCUCAGUUUCUUUGAAUACUCCAAAGGCAAAUGGAAUGGGGAGAGUGUGAAUGCUGGGAAAAGAGCAGCAGGCCCCUUUUAUCACCACGUGACAGGAAUGAGAGCGCAAGGUCAACGGUGUCAUACUACAUGGGAAAGUGUGGGUCUCCCAGUACCGGUCACCUCUGAUUUAAGAUGUUUCAUUUCUGUCCAACACACAAAUCAGUGCUAGAGUCAACUCCGCAAUUACUGGCUUAUUUAUUUUGAGCUUAGAAGUAGAGAUGCUGUACCAUCUUAUUUUAACACUGGGUUUCCCCGAAAUAUAAAAGUUUUCUUAGGUAGUGCAGUUUUGUUCUGCAAAACUGGUUUCAAAAUUACAGUAUUAAUUUGCUGAAGCCGAUGUUGUAGAAGCUAACAGCUCUGAGUCUCUUUAAAUAAACAAAAACAAAGAACACACAAAGAACACACAAACAUUCUGGACCACACCUCAAGAUCCUGAACCAC